AUGGGGUUCCCAGAGGAAACAGUCGCUAAAUUGCCCAAGGGACCCUCGUCAAAGUCGAAGAAAGAGAAAUCCAGCAAAAAGAGGAAGGCAGAAACUCUCGUGGAACCUACACCUCAAAAUCUUCCAACAGAGCCUGCGACGACCGAAGCAAAGGGAGACAUCGCAUCACCAGUAGCUAGCACAGAGCCAGCCGAAGAUGCAUCAUCCGAGCCACCGAUAAAGAAACGCAAGGCCAUUGACGUUGACGAGAUCGAAGUCGAUAUCGCCGCUCCCGUACCACCUUCGAAGAAAGAGCUCCGUCGCCUGAAGAAAGGCAAGCCUCUCCCAGCUUCUAAAACCGCUUCAGACCCUACCGCUGAGUCGAAAGAGAAGGAGAAGAAGGCCGAGGUUGAGAAGAGAUCUGAGCAUGGGGUAUGGAUCGGCAACAUGCCGUUUUUCGUAUCGAAGGACGACUUGCGCAAAUUCUUGGUGGAGCAAUCAGAUCUUACGGACGAGGAUAUCACUCGAAUACAUAUGCCUGGACCGAACGACAAGAAAUCAGCUAACAAGGUCGAAGAGAAAAGAUUCGGCAAGGUUGUUCACAAUAAAGGAUUUGCUUAUGUCGAUUUCUCGACUGCGGAGGGUGUUACACAUGCAUUGGAGUUGUCUGAGGAGCUUCUCUCGGGUCGACGGGUUCUGAUUAAGGAACAUACAUCGUUCGAGGGAAGACCAGAAAGGACAAAGGCGAGUAUCAGGCAGGAGGGCAAGCCGCCGAGCACAAGAGUCUUCUUGGGCAACUUGUCAUUCGAUACCACCGAGGAGUCUCUUACGCAGCAUUUCGAGAAGUGUGGAGCAAUUGCAAGUAUCAAGAUUGCGACCUUUGAGGAUUCUGGGAAGUGCAAGGGUUACGCUUGGAUAGUUUUUGAGGAACUGUCAGCGGCGGAGAGCGCGGUCAAGGGUUUCGUCUACAUCCGAGAAGAGAAAACUGAUGUGUCCGAGCCCGAUGAGAGCGAUGAGGAUUCGGAUCCCGAUGGUGUCACCAAAUCGAAGCCGAAGCAAGUCAAGACGAGAAAGUGGUGGGUCAACAAGAUCAAAGGCCGUCCUUUGCGCAUGGAAUUCGCGGAAGAUGCUCAAGUCCGGUACAAGAAGCGAUAUGGAAAGGGUGGAACCAAGGGGGCCCCAAGCGAUGGUGCCGGUGCCGGUGCCAGGAAGCCUACUGGUGAAGAGCCAAAGUCAAGACCAAUUGUUGCUAAGACUGUCGAGUAUUUUGGGCCGGAUUAUGGUCCUCGUGUGACCGGUGGUAUCGUAGCGAGUGAGGGUAAAAAGGUCAUAUAUUAA